CUAGUGACGACAAAUUACUGGUAUGCAAGUUGUCAUCACAUCGUGAAUGAUGUAGGCCUAAGCUUCAUACCACGUGGAUUUGUGCCGGUUGCGAAUUGCGAUAAAUCCGAAUUAAUACAUACGUACGCGAUUUGGUUGCGUAGGCAUAGGUAAUAGUACGCUGGCGGUGCAAGAUGGCGAGGAACUUGGCGGACCGAAUUUUAGAGUAUCUGAACACACAUGGUGCAACGAAUUCGUUGGAUUUAGCAGAUGAGUUUCAGGAGGAUCAUCAAAAGAUCGUCGGUGCGAUUAAGAGCCUCGAGACAGUUGACGAUUUGAUCACGGUGAAACCGAUUUCCAAGAAGAAAUGGGAGAUCACCGACGAGGGAAAAUACAUAAUCGAGCACGGCAGCCACGAAGCGGUUGUUUAUAAUGCCGUCCCUGACGGAGGGAUACCCCAGUCGAAUCUCAUCAAGUCCAGCCCUUAUGCUAAAGUGGGUUUUUCCAAGGCGAUGGUGGCUGGGUGGAUCGAGCUUGAUAAAAGUGGAAACGUUCCUACUGUACGAAGAAAAAUCCCGUCCAUCGUAGAUGUUACCCAGACACAUCUGAAGAAUCUCACAGAUGUCCCGGAAAAUGUUAAAGCUGAAUAUAAGAAGAGGAAGCUUCUGCAAGAGGUGGUGAUUAAAAUUAUGCAUCUGGAAAAGGGGCCAAAUUUCUCGACGAAAAUAGAAAAGCUAGAAGCAGACUUGACAUCAGAUUUAUUGACGAAUGGCGCUUGGAAAGACAAGAAAUUUAAACCAUACAAUUUUGAUGCUCUGGGCGCGUCGCUUCAAAUUGGACAUUUACAUCCGUUGUUGAAAGUUCGUCAUGAAUUCAGAAAGAUCUUCGUGGAAAUGGGAUUUACAGAAAUGCCAACAAAUAAUUAUGUAGAAAGUUCAUUCUGGAAUUUUGAUGCUCUCUUCCAGCCACAGCAACAUCCUGCUCGUGAUGCGCAUGACACCUUUUUUAUCUCUGAACCUCGUAUUAGCACAAAGUUCCCUAUGGAAUAUCUCGAAAGAGUGAAAACUGUUCAUAGCAAAGGAGCGUAUGGAUCUCAAGGUUACAGAUACGAUUGGAAGUUGGAAGAGGCACAAAAAAAUUUGCUGCGCACUCAUACCACGUCCAAUAGCGCACGGAUGUUGUAUAAACUCAUGGAGGAAGGAGAGUUUAAGCCGAUCAAGUACUUCAGUAUUGAUAAAGUAUUCCGCAACGAAACUCUAGAUGCGACGCAUCUUGCCGAAUUUCAUCAAGUUGAAGGUGUCAUUGCUGAUUACAACCUUACGUUGGGUAAUCUUAUUGGCAUUUUAUACGAAUUCUUCAGUAAACUUGGCAUCACUCAGCUUCAAUUCAAACCUGCGUAUAAUCCGUACACCGAGCCGAGUAUGGAAAUAUUCUGUUUCCAUAAUGGCCUGGAGAAAUGGAUAGAAAUCGGCAAUAGCGGUAUGUUUAGGCCCGAAAUGUUGCUGCCGAUGAACAUACCCCCUGAUGUAAAUGUCAUUGCAUGGGGUUUGUCAUUAGAAAGGCCAACAAUGAUUAAAUAUGGUUUAAACAAUAUACGCGAUCUUGUUGGGCCAAAAGUGGACAUGGAAAUGGUUCAUAACAAUCCUCUAUGUCGAUUAGAGAAAACUAGCCGCAUGAUUCGUUCACAGUGGAAAAUGCAACAGCAAGAAGAAAAAUCGGUUAAAACACAAUCAAACCAAGAAACAGCGGUCAAGCAGGUGGCGAAAUUAGAAAAGCCAAAGUUUUUUAAGCAGAACCUUGUUAUUUUUUGCGAUCCGAAGCAUCCCAUUUAUUUCAUCGAAUUUUUUUUGCGACUCAUCUCACCGUACUUUCAUGUUUUUGUGUCGACACAUGUACACUCUACAGUAGCGAACUUGCCAAGUGAGCUUGCUAGCUUUGGUUCGCUUUAUUUCAGUAAGAACGCAAAUGUGGAUAUAUCAUUAACUGUAAUUUGGAAAACUAUUGGGGUCGAUCCCAUUAUGAUAUUGCCAGGAAUGCAUAAAAUUCUGGGGAUGGUGAAUAUAGCACGAUACUUGAAUCGUUUAGUUGAGCAGGUCGACACGAACAUAUUGAAGUACGAAACAAACGGCUCACUUUACGCAAGUAAGAUAGAUUUUUAUUUAGACAAGAUACAUUGUGCUUUACACGACGUGGACGCCAGUGGAUCUUUACAACUUUGUAAAAAAUCACGUUACAUAAUGGGAAAGGAUAUCUCGAUAAUCGAUCUUAUCCUUGAGCAUAUUGACAAGCAUGAGAUGAAAAAGAACAGUUAAUUUAUUAAUUCUUAUUUAUUUUAUGGAUAAAAAUAAAUUUUGGCAGUGCCUAAAAAGGA